CCCUUUUAAAAAACCCCAUCCGCCUUCUUCGAUUACAUGGCCAAAAGUUUUACAAGCCGAAGCGAGCGGCAGAUUCCAGACCGUCCAGGCCUCCGUGUGUCCGAGCCCAGUGUUCAGCAGCGGCGUUACACUAAGAGCGAAAUGUCCGGGGUGAAAAAGCUUCGUACGGAUCUCAGCAGGUCGACCAACGUGGUGUUCCAGGCCCACCAUGUCAGUCGAACUAAGAGAGGCCAAGUCGUGGGCACCAGGGGUGGCUUCAGGGGCUGUACCAUUUGGCUCACCGGUUUGUCUGGCGCUGGGAAGACUACCAUCAGUUUUGCACUGGAAGAAUACCUUGUGUCCCACGCUAUCCCUUGCUACUCGCUGGACGGUGACAACAUUCGCCACGGCCUGAACAAGAAUCUGGGCUUCUCUGCUGAAGACCGAGAGGAAAACAUCCGGCGUGUCGCUGAAGUGGCCAAACUGUUUGCUGACGCUGGCCUCGUGUGCGUCACCAGUUUCAUCUCUCCUUUCACUAAGGAUCGUGAUGAGGCGAGGAAAGUCCACGCAAAUGCCGGGCUGCCAUUUUUCGAAGUAUUUGUCCACGCCCCUCUUGACUUGUGUGAGAGCAGGGAUGUCAAAGGACUUUACAAGAAGGCUCGUGCUGGAGAGAUUAAAGGUUUCACUGGGAUUGAUUCAGAUUAUGAGCGUCCUGAGGCGCCCGAGCUUGUUCUGAAAACUGGAGAGCUCACAGUGAAUGAAUGCCUUCACCAAGUACUGGAUCUGCUCAAGGAGCAGAAUAUUGUACCAAGCGAGAUCAUGGAGGAGGUGAAUGAACUCUUUGUUCCAGAGAACAAACUGAAUCUUGCCAUGGCUGAUGCAAAAACUCUGCCCACCAUCAGCAUCACCAAGCUGGAUCUACAGUGGGUGCAGGUUUUGGCAGAGGGCUGGGCCAGCCCUCUGACAGGUUUCAUGAGAGAGAGAGAGUUCCUCCAGGUCAUGCACUUUGGCAACCUGCUUGAUGGUGGAGCCAUCAACAUGUCUGUUCCUAUAGUCCUGCCUGUUAGCACCGAAGCCAAGCAGGAGCUGGACGGCUGUGCAGCUAUAGCUCUGGAGUACCAGGGUUCACGUGUUGCUAUUCUCAGGAACCCAGAGUUCUACGCACACCGCAAGGAAGAACGCUGUGCCAGACAGUGGGGCACCACUUGCCCACAGCACCCUUAUAUUAAGAUGGUUAUGGAAGGAGGUGAUUGGCUGGUAGGUGGUGACCUGGAGGUGCUGGAGGAAAUCAAAUGGAACGAUGGGCUUGACCACUACCGCCUCACUCCACGGCAACUCAAGCAGAAGUUCAAAGACAUGAAAGCAGACGCGAUAUUUGCCUUCCAGCUGCGUAACCCGGUCCACAACGGUCACGCCCUGCUUAUGCAAGACACCAAGCGCCGUCUCUUGGAACGAGGAUACAAAAAGCCAGUCCUGCUACUUCACCCGCUCGGUGGCUGGACCAAAGAUGACGAUGUGCCUCUGGACUGGAGGAUGAAGCAGCAUGCUGCUGUGCUGGAGGAGGGCGUCCUUGACCCUGAUAGUACCAUUGUAGCCAUCUUCCCCUCACCGAUGAUGUACGCUGGACCCACAGAGGUUCAAUGGCACUGUAGAGCCAGAAUGAUCGCAGGGGCAAACUUUUACAUCGUUGGUCGGGACCCUGCAGGCAUGCCUCACCCGGAGACGAAGCAGGACUUAUAUGAACCCACCCAUGGGGGCAAGGUCCUCACCAUGGCCCCCGGUCUCACCUCUGUGGAGAUCAUCCCCUUCAGGGUAGCCGCCUACAACAAGGCUAAGAAGGCAAUGGACUUUUACAGCCCAGAACGACAAGCUGAUUUUGAGUUCAUCUCUGGAACCAAAAUGAGGAACAUGGCUCGGAGUGGAGAGAACCCUCCAGAUGGUUUCAUGGCCCCCAAGGCCUGGAAGGUGUUGGUGGAAUACUACACCUCUCUCCAGAAGAGCGUGUAAUCAACGCUCGGCCCACCAGUCAGCAGCACACUAAUAAAGUUAGCUCUCAAAGGAAGUAAAACAUACAUGCUAUCCUUCAGGAGGGUUCUAGAUGGUAUGAAUUUUGAUUUCUAUAAAUCAUACAAGUCAAGUCAUUCUGACAGGGUGGGUGUUUCACCCUCACCAAAUUAAAAUGACUCGUCUUAAGAAGUUAAAGCAUCACAUUUUUGCAUUCCUAUAAAUCUGUGUGAUUUAUAAAUCCUUCGUGUUUAUAUACAUAUUAAUUUAAGCUUUGUAUUUUAAUAAAUUAAAGGUAACCUGAGAUUAUUUUUUAUUUCUAUUUUAUAAAUUUAGAAACAGAACUCAAGACUGGGAAAUCAUUUUUAAUAUGUGAUAUCUGAAGAACGUACAACAAAAACAUGUAAUUUUCACUUUUAUAGCAUUUUAACAUGGUAAUUUUAUCACUGUCUGUCAAGUUAUUUGUGUGACCUGAAUGGAAGUUCCAUUGUAGUUUUAUCACGACAUACACUGCCUAAUUGUUUUAGAAGAAUGGAUGUUAAUUCAUUCCUCCUGUGUUAAUGUUUGUUAUUCUUGUGAGAAACUACAUAAUUUCUUUAUAUAUAAUGUGAAAGUCCCUUUCUCUGAAAUUGUCAUUUCUUUCUGGUUUUUGCCUUAAAUGUCUAUGAGAGUUUUGUGAUAUUAAAAAGUGGGCAUGUGCAUUCAUGUAAUAAAGACCUGCCGUUUUAGGAGGAAAGAGUGUGUAAAAUGCAGUAAUAGUAUAUAAAAGUAUUACCGACUGCCUGAUACAACUAUGGUAGUGCACUUGAUUUAAAUGUUUCAGCUAUUAUCUCUGUCCUGAUUUUGUCAUUAUGCAACGUACUUGGCAUUAACUUCUGUCCGUACAAGGUGCAGAACUUAUGAGAGUUAAGAUUAAUGGUCAACUGGAUAGAUUGGAGUUUGCAGGUUGUAAAGCCAAAAGUACAAUGCUGCCAUCUGCUGGGAAAAACCGGCAUAAGGAAACAAAAAGACCUGAAACAACUAAAUGGAUGCAUGUACAAGGGCUCAGUCACUUUGGGUUUCUAUUAUAGUUAGGCUCUAUAAAUGCAGCCAUCAUGAUAACUUCACUCACUGAGAUGGACCAAAGACAGCCAUAUGUCCCUGCAUGUUAGCCUAAAGCAGCCAGAUUUCCUGUUAAAUGGUGAAUGAACCCACACUUCCAGCAGUCACAGUCAAACCCUGGUGGUGGUUUUUAAAAUGGUCCAAAAUCUUUUGCACAGCUGCUCGAGACAAUAAUGGCUUUCCCCAGCUAGUUAUAUUAUAACAGAUUAAGGAGAUCCUGAGACACUUUAAAAUUAUACUUAAGAGAUGGUUGAGUGAACGUGGAGGACUGAUUAAUUUUGCCAGUUAUUAAGCUGUAAGAGCUUACCUUGCGAUGAGAUGAGUGUUCUUCUAUGAGGAGAACCAGUCUGCCCUGUAAGAAGCAGAUUCCUAAUUAGCCUUAUAUGGGAUCAGAUCAUUUAAUCUGCAAUGUUCCAGGUAACCCCAUUUAAAUCUGCUGAACUGCACCCUCUGUACUUGAUAAAAUCUCCAACUACUGUACAUGCAACAUGUCAUGUCACUGAAAUGACCAGGCCGGCUGCUGAUGUAAGACUCUCGUGUCCUACAGGCCUAUAUAUUUCUGAAUAUAGGCUAACCCUGUUUUAACACCUCAAAAUGUGAUGCUCUACCGACUGGAGCGCGGGUGUUCAGCACAGCACUGGCAAAGUUAAUGUGCAAGGUUGCUUAUUUGACAUGAAGAUGUCAAUUUGUGAUCACAGAUUUAAUCUGGAAUGACUGGUGCAGCUGUCACUGAGAUUCAGAAAUGACUGAGGCUGAUUUUUCAUGAUAUCAUAGAUGUUCCAUUCUUUGAUCGAUCAUUUUUAACUGUAAUAACAAAGCCCCCUUCCUCCAAAUCGUUAUUUUUUUUAAAGGCAGGACAUAGCAACAUGCAAUGAUUUCUGCUUGAGUGAUGGAAAUACAUCAACCCUACAUCUGCAGCCAACAAUUAUUUUUGCUUUGAAUUAAUUUUUCUAUAUCUCCAAUUGAUUAGUGUAUAGCAUGUUAGAAAAUAGAGAAAAUGUGUUUCAUGUAUGUUGCCAACAGCCCAACACUACAAUAUUUAAUUAAUUAUAAUAAAGGAAAAAGAAACCAGUAAACAUUUACAUGAAAGCAACUGGAAGUAGAUUUUUUUUUGACAUUUUAAUUAACUCGUUAUCAAAAUGCUUAAUGAAAAUCCAAAACUUGCAAAUCUGUACUUUCUAAUUUACUCACACAAUUUGAAUGCAUCUUGAUUUUAUUAAACGUUUAUAAAUGUUUUA